AUGACUCCUCGUCGUUCCUCUCGGGCUCGCACGUCCCAGCCCUCUCCUGCCCUCCUCCAGCACACGAACUCUUCCUCCAGCUCCUCGAAUUCUCUUCCUCGAGAGAGAAGUACUCGAUCAAAUCACAAAAACCACUCUCCCCACGAAUCGGCCGGUCACCGUUCUCAGUCCAUCGAUGAUGCUGAGAGUGGCUCGAAAGACCUCCCACACACGCGGCAGCGCCAGCGCGCCCACGAUGACGAUGAUGAUCCACCCCGUGAAGAAGACGAGGAUGAACUAGAAGAUGAUGAGGAGGAGGUAACCCGAUGUCUCUGCGGCCAGCAAGAAUAUCCGGGUUUGCCUCAUUCUCGUCGCGAGGCCCUCGGUCGCGGCACCAUCAAGCUGGAGUCGGGACAAGUUCCCACAGAUUUAUCUGAUCCUAUGUCAGAUGAGAUUGGGAGCAUGUUCAUUCAGUGUGACUUGUGUAAAGUCUGGCAACACGGUGGUUGUGUUGGAAUCAUGGACGAGGCAACGAGUCCUGACGAAUAUUUCUGCGAGGAGUGCCGGAAGGAUUUGCACGAGAUCAAAGACGAACCUCAUGGGCAAUACUCUUCUACCUAUCUUCCUGUUGCACCAGAACCAGUGCCCCCACCGGCGGCGGCGCCAGCACCUCCAGCGGCACCAGUCAUUCCAGUCGUUCCAGUCAUCCCGGCGGUGGAGCCCUCGCCUGCUCCCUCCUCUCGUGCUUCCUCAAGGGAAACCUCUCGGCGUUCCAAAGAUCCCAAGUCUCGGAACAGCGAGAGUGCUGCGAACGCCAAGCGGCGAUCAACAAUGAACAGUCGUGAUGCUGCUUACGACGAAGAAGAGCUGAUUCGACGCGCAAUCGAGGAAAGCAAGGUGGAUAACCAAAGCAAUGCGGAUGAGACGGAGACGCAUUUAGGCAAGCGAAGUCGGAGUGACAGUGUGACGAACAGGGAAGGAGCGAAACGUCCGCGAACUACUUCGCCAUCACCUAGCGCUGCCUCGAAGCAUAGCAAUUUGGCAUCUCAUCCACCGUCCGAUGACGAGGCGAAACAAAAGCCCGCAGUCAACGGGACUCGGAGGCAGAGAGCUACAUCCCGCGGCCAGCUCGAGAAGGAGCCUGUCAAAGAAUCUAAUGAGGCCGAACCAGAGGCUCCUGAAGCGGCAAGUCGCCGGAAAGAACGAUCAAACCGGCGCAAGGGAGAUGAAUCCGAGCAUGAAACGGGGUCUCCAACCAAGACUGCGCCGCCUGAGCCUGAACCGUCACAAGCAAGCCCUAACACACCCACUCCCCAAGAGCCCACGCCUGUCCGUCCGUCAACCCGCAAGUCUGGCAGACCUCCCGCUCGUCGCGGUCGUGUUGGACGAAACCAAUAUACAAAGGACCGGGACACCAACGGGAAUGGAGAUUAUGGGUAUAUGGCGAAUUCGCCGCGCCGUGGCCAUUCCCACGAGGUCGGCGGAGACUCCCCUCGAAUCGGUAUUAACGGAACUCAUGUCAACGGUGGAGAGUCAGGACGGCCAAGCAAGCCGCGCCAUAUGCACCCGCAGCGAACAACGAUGAACGAGAUGAAGCGCCGGGUAGCAGCUAUCCUCGAAUUCAUCUCGCGCAUGCAGGUGGAGAUGGCCGUUGCCAGUGAGAACUCCUCCACGCCUUCAAGCAACAGCGACCGGGCUCAGGGACUUCUCUUGAAGACCAUGGUCGACCAGAUCGAUAGUGCGAUGCCAUCCGCGCGUAGCGAUGGUGGCGAGUCCGGCCCCGCAACCACAGACGGCGGUGACGGCGAGUCGACGAACCACGAAAAGAAUUUCAAGGAACUCACCAGCGUUGAAAUGAUGGACGUGCUUACUCGCCAUCUGCUCAAGUGGCAGCAGGAAUAUGGCAAGUUUGGAGAACGGUAG